UGCAUAUAACUAUAUAAGAGUUCUUUGUCCGAAUUGAACAACCACAAAAAUAUGGAGAUGAUAAGCUUAGCAAGACCCCUAUUGCUCAUAGGAGCCAUAUCCGUGCUUCUGUUACAGGUUGUAGCAGUGAAGACUGUAACACAGACUGAAGUAGAUCCCAAGAUCCUUCAGGAUAAUAUCGUUAAAACUGUCAAUGAAAAUACAAAAGCAGGAUGGAAAGCUGACAUGAAUCCUUGGCUCUCAAACUUUACUGUAAGCCAAUUUAAGCACCUUCUUGGUGCUAAGAAGGCACCAAAGACUUUAUUGAAUGGCAUUCCUGUUAUUACUCAUACAAAAGAUACAAAAUUGCCCAAAAGUUUUGAUGCACGGACAGCUUGGUCUCAGUGUAUCACCAUUGGACAAAUUCUUGAUCAGGGGCAUUGUGGUUCUUGUUGGGCCUUCGGUGCAGUUGAGUCAUUAACCGACCGUUUCUGCAUUAAAUUUGGGACGAAUGUCACUCUAUCUGUCAAUGACCUCUUAGCGUGCUGUGGUUCUUUGUGUGGUGAUGGAUGUGAUGGUGGUUAUCCUAUAUCAGCAUGGCAAUACUUGGUGCGAAGUGGUGUUGUUACUUCAACGUGUGACCCUUACUUUGACCAAACUGGAUGUUCUCACCCUGGUUGUGAACCAGCAUAUCCCACUCCCAAAUGCCAGAAGGAAUGUGUGAAGGGGAAUCUUCUUUGGUCGGAGUCCAAACAUUUCAGUGUUAAUGCAUAUACAGUUAGUUCUGAUCCAUACAGUAUCAUGGCUGAAAUUUAUAGUAAUGGACCUGUUGAGGUCUCCUUUACUGUCUAUGAGGACUUUGCACAUUACAAAUCCGGAGUCUACAAACAUGUGACAGGCGAAGAAAUGGGAGGGCAUGCUGUUAAGCUCAUAGGAUGGGGAACUUCCGAUGAUGGAGAAGACUAUUGGCUCCUUGCCAAUCAGUGGAAUAGAAGUUGGGGUGAUGAUGGGUAUUUCAAGAUCACCCGAGGAACAAAUGAGUGUGGGAUCGAAGAAGAUGUAACCGCGGGAUUGCCUUCUUCCAAGAACUUGGGGAUAAAAUCCAUUCCUGGGGAUGCUUCUUUUGUUGCCUCAGUUUAAUGAUUAAGGGUGGUCCUUCCCAAAACUCCCCCAUAACACCUGCUGCCUUGUUAUAUAACACAACCCGCCCCCCGCCUUCCAACUUUUGCCAAAUGGUCUCAGAUGUGCUGGCUAUAUUUCUGGCAGAAGUAAAAAAUGUUGUGACAAUUUGCCUUUCGUUUUUGUGAAAGACUUGGUAUGGUCUCAGAUGUGCUGGCUAUAUUUCUGGCAGAAGUAAAAAAUGUUGUGACAAUUUGCCUUUCGUUUUUGUGAAAGACUUGGUAUACUUUAAAAAUGUCCUGUUCUGUGAAUUCGGUCUGGAUAUACUUCUAAACGCGUAUACAUGUACUUUAUGUACUUCUACCAGGCUACCAAAUAAAGUGACAAGUCUAAAAUAAAGUCUUCUCAUACAUGGGACUAUUCUGAUUCAAUAAUAUCGUAUAUUCUUG